AUGGCAGAAGACCGGUCAAAAGCCAAGCGCAGCUCCCUACCCCGGAUCGAUACCGUUUCCCUAUCUACCAGGCAGCCGGAGCAGCAGGCCGGCAUCGCAAACGACGACAACCAGCAACAACAGACUCGUCCCCACACGCUGGAGGACCGCAUUCUCACCUCCGUGGCUAGCUCCCUUUCAUUGUCUCCGGACAAGCUCCGCGAAUCCUUGUUGUCCGGUCGUUCUGGGGAUCAGGAGUCAGCUGCGACCAAUGGGGGCACGCCAUUUGCCAGGGCUUUCGCGGAGGAAGAUGUUACCAUCCAAACCAAAGUAAUAGCCGGCUCCAAGACGCUUGCUGAUGUUGAGACUCGCGUGAUGCCGUACUCUGCACAUUCCUUGCAUGGGUCACUUGUUCAGCCUGACGAAGACAACGACCACGACUCCUCGUCGGAAGAUGAGGAAAGCGAAGGAGCUGAGGUUGACGUUCGCUCGGCAUCCGUCAUGAUCGCACCCGAGAAAAUACAUCGGGCCAGCCGCAUGGAUUCGAAUCGACUACGACCCAAAAGACAGGAAGUCAAAGGACACUCGCGAAAUGCAAGUGCCACAUCAGCCACUCCAGUAAUCCAUCUUGACAAUCCCAGUGAGGUCGAGCUCUUCCUUGGUUCCGAGAAUGCCGUAUCAAAAGUAGUAGUUUUGAAGCCAAGGGCCGGUCUCUUUGAUGAGAAACUGGUCGCUUGCCUGACACUCAGCAGCAUCCCUCCCCGGGAACCGGACUCCCCCAAGGUCGAGCUCGUUUCUCCAUCGCAGAUGUUCUUUGCCGGUUCUCAGAUAGCAACUAUCAAACAUAAUCUCAGAACAUUACCAACCGUCGAGGCAAAGGCCAUACCAGAAGUGUGGGUACCACUGGACGACCUACCUUCUGUGCCCGAGACUGGCGAGAUCGACCGCAGGAAACUCCGCACGUGGGUGCAGAAUGCCAACCAGGAUAUCUACGAGAAGGUCAUGGGCCUGUGCACCGAUCAACCCUUGCAACCACCAGUGACCGAGAUGGAGAAGAGUAUACAGAAGCUGGUCGCCAGGGUAUUACAGGUACCUCCAGAUCAGGUCGGCAUGAACUUCACCUUUGCACAGUUCGGGGGCGACGAGGUGACCGCCAUGGCGCUCGUCACAAACUCGAGAGUUGAGUCGAUAUUCUUGGAGAGCCAUGAGAUCCUGCAAUCGAACAACACGCUUGCCCACCUUGCUUCCCUGGCUACCCAACGAGGUGGGCUGGCGCAUAAGUGGGCUGCCGAAGGAGAAGAGAAAAUCGCCGUCGAUGGCGAGGAUAGCUCACCAUUCCAUUACUUUGAACUCUCGCCCAUGCAGAAGCUAUACUUCAACACCAGAAUGGGCAGCGACUCGGUCAGCCGCGCUGCCGGUGACGGCAGCUACCGCUUCAACCAGUCUCUUCUACUACGUGUGGCAAAGUACUUCUCCGUGCAGGAUAUUUCAGCUGCUACCGACGCGGUAGUAGGCCACCACUCCAUGCUGAGAGCAAGAUUCUCCCGCGUCCGCAAUGAGUGGAUCCAGCGAAUAUUACCUGAAGUUGACAGCUCAUAUUCCUUUACGCACUACACCAUCAGCACGAACGAGCAGCUUGAGUCCGCGGUCCACCAGGUUCAAAUAUCACUCAAUAUUGAAGAUGGGCCUGUCUUCGCUGUGGCACACUUCUCCACUGCGGACGGGCACCAAAUGGUGUACCUCGCCGCACAUCACCUUGUCGUGGAUCUGGUGUCGUGGCGGCUGAUCAUUCGGGACCUGGACGAGCUCCUACAGAGCGGCAGCCUAUUGUCUCAAAGGUCGAUGCCAUUCCAAAAGUGGACAGAACUGCAGAGACUCGACGCACAGAUACCCUCGGGUGGCUUGCCUUUCGACAUCAGCCCGGGAGACUUGGAAUAUUGGGGGUUGUCUGAUUCGCCGAACACCUACGGGGAUGCCAACGAGGCCAGUUUCUCUCUGACUGCGGAGCUGACGUCCAUUCUGGAGACGACGUGCAGUCAAGUACUGCAGACGGAUGCGAUUGAUAUCUACGUUGCUGCACUGAUGCUCUCAUUUGCCCAAACAUUCCCUGACAGGAAUGUACCAGACGUGUGGAACCAAGAGCACGGCCGCGACUUGUGGAGUAACGAUAUUGACAUCAGUGAGACGGUUGGGUGGUUUACCACACUAUGCCCCCUGAACCAGCAGAUAUCCCCAUCUAGCGACUUCAUAGACAUUCUACGGCGCAUGAAGGAUACACGAAGAGCGGUGCCGCACAGAGGUGCACAUUACUUCGCUAGCAAAUUUUUUCCCCGCGAUAACCAAUCCACCACUGAGCUCGACCGCCCACGGUCUCCCAAUUUUCUACAGAUUGCGACACACGAUUGGCCCAUUGAAAUUCUUUUCAGCUAUGCCGGAAGCCUACAAAAUCUUGGUAAAGACCCGUUGAGUGGCGAUGGUAUUCUCGAGCAGAUGAUCCUUCCCGGACGCACGCUUGAUUCGCCAACCUCCGACAUUGGCCCUGCUGUGGGACGCAUCGCUCUUUUCGAAGUGAAUACCACUAUCGAUCAGGGUGCUGCGAAGAUCAAGUUUCUGUACAACCGAAAUUCCCUUCACGCAGAGAGGAUCACCGCCUGGAUCAACAACUACGAGCAUCUUCUCCUCGAGGCCAUUGGCCGUCUCCGCUUUCACGAGCCAGAGCUCACGCUGGCUGACAUUCCGCAAUUAUGGGCCACAGGUGUCACAUACGAGGGCUUGGACAGACUGAAUCGAGUCAUUGUUGCAGAUUUGGGAUUGAGCAGCGUGAAGGACAUCGAAGCUGUGUACCCACUGACACCGGUGCAGCAAAGUGUCCUGGUAUCCCAAGACCGACAAAUGCGCUUCCAUGCCGGAGUAAAUGGUGGUAACGAUAAUUACAGCUAUGUGCCUAACCCGAGCAACAACGGAAAUGCGAACGCCUGUCACAUUCACACGAUGUACGAGUGUGCAAGCUCAGAUGGCGCACCGGUCGACCUGGAACGGAUCUGCGCUGCAUGGGGUCAAGUGGUCGCCCGGUAUCCAGCGCUCAGGACCGUGUUCAUUGACAGCGUUGCGGAGAAUGGGCUCUAUAACGCCGUGGUAUUGAGACGAUCGAGCCCUAACAUGCUAUUCCUUGACGCUACGCCUAGCGAAGACCCGGUCGACACUCUGAACAAUCUUCCUCCGCUCACGGCCUGCCCUGCGCUGAAGAGUGUACCACGACACCGUCUCACCGUGUGCCACUCGCCCAUGAAGACUGUCAUCAAGCUAGAUGUCUCUGCGGCACUGUGUGACAUGAUGAGCGUGAAUGGGCUGAUUGCUGACCUGAGAAGGGGCUACGCCACAGGACGCGCAUUACCAGUCACUAGUGGUGAUGCUUCGGUAUUCUCAUACUCCGGCUAUAUCGACAUCCUGCGCGGCUUAGAUCGGGAAAGAAGUAUCGGAUGGUGGCGAGAUACGUUGGCAAAUGUUACCCAGCCAUGCCUUUUCCCGAGGCUGGACUUCUACUAUGGCGGUGCAAACAAGGAUGCAACGUCCUCUCGACGAUACGACAACGUCCAUGUAGAAAUCAACGAUGUUCCGUAUUUCAAAGUUGCGGAGUUCGGGAGGGCGAACAAGACGACCACCGGCGCGAUUCUCAGGCUGGCAUGGGGCUUGGUUCUGCGAACUGUCACUGGCACUAGCUCUGUGUGCUUUGGCUACAGGGCACCCGGACGAUCUGCUACAUUAGAGGGGAUGAGGGCUGCGGUGGGAUGUUUCGCGAACACUAUCGCUGUGGCUUUUGAUCUGUCGCCUUUCAAGCCCCUGGCCAUUGUUUUAAAGCAGAUCGAAGACAUCUACAACGCCGCUUUGCCACACCAGCACAUCACCAUGGCCGAGGUCCGACACGCGCUCGCAAGCGGAAAGAAGGGAGUCGCUGUGGACGUUCAGCUUUUCAACACUGUCCUUGCGUUCACAGAAGAAUCGGCCGAUCUGAACAGUCGUCUUGGUUCCCGGACGAACUUCGAGUUACGAAAUGUGCUGAACCACGAGACCAGUGAUUACGACCUGACCAUCAACACCCGCUUUAGCAACGCCACUGGAAAACUGGUUGUCGAUGUUGGACACUCAAUCCUUUCCGAGGCCCAGGCGCACAACAUCGCCAACACUUUUGGCAGAGCCGUCAGCGCCAUCAUCAAGUGUACGGUGCCAUCUGCGCACAUCGGAUCCCUUGACCUGUUUUCUGACCGCGAUUACGCUCAAAUCGUCAAAUGGACUACCCCUGCCGAUAAAGACAACCAGAACCAGCAGCGGACGUUGUUGCACGAGCUAGUGUUUGCGCAGAGUAUCACGCGCCCAGAGUCAAAAGCAAUUUGUGCCCAUGAUGGCGACCUCACUUACCUUCAGGUCGAAGUUCUCUCCCACAGACUGGCACACGUGCUCCUUGAAGCAGGCGUUGUACCCAAAGGAAACACCAAAGCGGCCAUCCCAGUGAUUCUCGACAAGUCAAAAUGGGGUCCCAUCGCCCUUCUUGCUGUUUUGAAGGUUGGUGCGGCUUUUGUUCCAGUGGAUGCUGACGAAAUGGGUUUCGUUGCCAAGAUUGCGGAGCAACUGGGUUCGAGCUGCAGAGUUGCCGUUGCCUGCACAUCCGCUGCCGACGCCCUUGACAACUUCACAGAGCCAGCACCUCUGUUCGACCGCGUGGUUCGCCUCGAUGAUGCGCUUAUGAAGCGGCUGGAGCGAGAGGCGCCUGUGCCGGGACAGCUCCUUCCGCCUAGCAAACCUGAGGAUGUGGCUUGUGUCUUCUUCACACCUACUUCUUCUAGAUCAGUGCGCGGUAUCAGCUUCACUCAUGCAUCUUUAUCGACUGCCUUCAUCGGACAAGGACCUGCUGCGGGAAUUAACAACACGACGCGUGUGCUGCAGCUGUCAAGCUUCAACGUCGAUGUCGCUCUGGCUGAAAUCUUCACGACACUUGUCAGCGGCGGUACCAUUUGCAUCCCGACCUCGAGAGACAGGUACAAUGACUACACUGGCUGCGUGUCAAGGUUUAGCGCAACAUGGAGUUACAUGACGCCUUUGCUAGCCCGAAAGCUCAACGUUGAUCUUCUGCCAAGCCUCAAGACUGUGUGCUUCCGCACGCGCGGGCUCGAUGAAGAUACGUACGCUCCUUGGCGCGGAAGGAAGAGGGUCGUCAUGGCGUACGGUGCACCAGAUGUCUGCCCAUUGGGAAUUUCCUUCCUGGAGAUUCAUGGCCCACAUCACUUGAAGGCCAUCGGACGACCGAUCGCAGGGUCGGCGUGGAUCGUUUCUGGGGAGGAUCACAGAAACCUCAUGCCCGUUGGAGCUGUCGGAGAAAUGGUAAUCGAGGGACCAACGCUGGGUAGGACGUUCCGGCGGUCGUACCUAAACGGUGAUCACGAGGACUCUCGAGAUGUGGCCGAAACCCCGGUGUCUCCCGAGAGCCGAAGCCCCUUCUCCGCCGCAAAUGCACAAGGUCACAGUCGUCAUCGAAGUCUCGAUGACGCUGUUGCGUCGGACGAACAGAAGGAAAGCAAAAAGCGCUAUUACAAGACCGGCCACAGCGUGCGAUACAUUGAAGGCGGACUCAUGGAAUACGUCUCAUCCAAGCGUGACGAUCUUGAGAUCAAUGGACGCGUGGUCAAUCUUGCCGAGCUGGAGCAGCAGAUUCGUCGGGCGCUUGGACAGGGGGUCGAUGUGAUGGUUGAGGCACUUGCUUUCAAGGGCGAACGAAGCAGAUCCCCGACGCUCGCGGCGUUUCUCGAGCUGGGAGGCGAUGCGAACGCGUCCCUCGGUCAACACAGUCUUGAUCUGUCGAACCUUUCCCCUGAGAUCAAGCAUCGGAUCUACAUCUCCAGACAACUUGUUGAAAAGACCCUGUCUGGUGUCGUGCCCGACUUCAUGAUCCCCAAAAUCUUCAUCCCCGUCCGACACCUCCCAACGACGUACUCGCUCAAGGUCAACCGCCGUAAGCUGCAGAAGGUCAUCAAAGGCCUGUCCAGAGAGCAGCUGCUUGAGCUCGGAACAGUGGAGAGUCCCAAGCGGGCGGCGAGUAUCAAUGGCUUAAGGACAAUGCCAUUGAAUGAUCUGGCGGAUAAGGUUAGGGCUAUAUGGGCCAAUGUCCUAGGCGUUGACCAGAGCGCAAUCGAUACCGCCAAUGGAUUCAUCAAAUCAGGUGGAGAUGAGAUUUCGGCCGCCGAAGUCGUGGUUCAGUGCAGGAAAGAAGGCGCUGCGGUUUUUAUCUCCGACCUCUUGAGUGAUGUCCCGCUGGCUGAGAUCUGCGUGGCCGGCAACCGCUUUGAACUUCCCGCUGGAGAGGUAAGCGCCUCUGCUGGAGACAACUCAUCCAUUGAACAGGCCGCAGAUGAGUCUGCCGAGCCAGAGGACUAUGACGAGACGAGCAGCCCCAACGCAGCGACGGCCCCGGCUCCCCAGGUCAUCGAGAAGAGCUUCAUUGAGAGUACACUCGCGCCGAAGCUCGGAAUCGAACCUACCCUGAUCAGGGACGUUGCCGAAGCGACAUCAACACAGAUCCGUCAUAUCGAGACCGCCAUGAUCACCCAAGGCCCCCAAAGGUCGUCAUCAGUCUCGCAUGGCCAGGGCCUAGCAAGCAUCAACUACUUCAUCUUCCACUUCACAGCCGCCAGCUCAACCACCUCGGUGUCUGCUCGCCGGAUUGAAGAGGUCUGCCAGAUUCUGGCUUCUGUGCACCCCAUUCUUCGUACAGCAUUCGUCCCACACGUCGAGGGACAGACAAGAAAAGUGUACCAGACAGUACUCAAGAACCACAGUGUUGACUUCAAAAGUAUUCCACGCGUGCAGAGCUGGCGCUUGAAUGCAGCUGUUGAGAAGGAGAUCAAGCGCGACCGUGAGAAGCUGCAGAGCAGGAAUCAGCUGGACUUGUUUGCGAGGCCGAUCACGAAGUUCAUCUUUCUGGAUGCAGGAAAGACAAGCACUCUUGUGAUGAGGUUGUCAAGGGCCCAGUACGACGAUGUAUCGAUUGGUUUGCUUGUCAAAGACCUGAAGAAGCUGUACGACGGCGGACAAAACCCUCCUCGUCGACCGGGAUUCGCGGACUUCGUCCGGGAAGCAGCACUUGCUAACGUUGACGGCGAGGCGGAAAGGUACUGGCGCGGACUUUUGGAAGGUGCACAGCCAACCUGCGUUGUGCGGCAUCCCAAGCCGCCGAAGAUGAGUACUGGGGUCCGCACACUGCGAGAAACGGUGCCUGUCAGCUCCACUGCCAUGGGUGGUCUCGGCAUUGAGUUCGACACGGUGCUUAAGGCUGCGUGGGGAAUGGUCCUCGCCAGCAUUUCAGGCACUCCAGACGUCGUGUUUGGCGAGGUCGUUGAAGGCUGUCACUCACGACUGCAGCACCAUCUCGGCCCCUCAAGCGUCAACCGCGGCGGUGUCCUCGGUCCCACGUCAACCAUCCUGCCAGUGCGCGUCCGCUUUGCCGAUGCUCCAACGAGCCCGAUGAAUUUGCUCAAAUGUAUCGCCGAGCAAAGGUCGUCCGGCGUGCCAUAUGAGAACUUCGGCAUGUUGGACAUAAUUGAAAAGUGUACUCCAUGGCCAUAUUGGACGCGACUGAGUACCGUCGUACAGCACCGGACGGAUCCCGAGGCAGUAUUUGUGGAUGAUGGAAAGACGAAGAGUUUCCGGCUUGGUGCGGCGCUUUGCAGGGUCAGUGUGGUGGAGAGUGAAGCCAUUGAUGUGGCGGACUUCGUUGUGAAGAGUGUGAUCGUGAAGAAGAAGGUACCUGCAGGCGCUGCCAGCAGUAAUGCAGGUGGGAAGCUGCCAGCAGGGACAAGUUGGAGAGAGGAGGAGGAGGAGCUGGAGGUUACGGUAUCUUUCCCCGAACAGUCGGUUCCCGCCACGCUCGCCCAGGAGGUUCUGAAUAAGGUUUGUGGCUACGUUGGCAUGUUGACAGGCUUCAGCAUCAUGCAGUCCGUUGUGCCGACCGCGGCUCAAUACUCGACUCUGACGAAGCAGAUCCCGCUCUCGCUCCCGGUAUUUGCGAACAGCCCCACGUCUGCGACUUUUGGUCACGGAGUCCAAUUUUCGAAUCCUUUCGGUAGCGGUGGGGCUACUGGUGUCAACUUUUCCCAGCUCGAGGGCAAGAUGUCACCCGACCAGACAGCGACGAUCCAAUCCAUCAUCGAAGAUGCUUGGCGCAGCACACUUGACCCUCGCACGCUCGGCGUGCCUGAGGAACAUGUCACAUCUGCCGCAUUCUACGAUCUGUGGGGCUCACUGAUACCUGCCGCACAAUUGUCUGACUUCCUGACCGAGACGAUUCCCGAACGACUUGUCGGCGAUCUGACGAACAACGUCUUCGGAGGCAACCUGGAUGGAUUCUGCAUCACCAUGCAGGAGAUCGUGAAUCACCCAACCAUGCUUGGCCAGUUUGAGCUGGUCGUGCGCAAGAUCUUUGGCGGCGAAGGCCGCGACAGGUCCGGCAGCUUCAAGGGCAGCACGAGAACCAACAGCCUGCAGCACUCGGUGAGGAAGAGUAACAGUUUGACCAACGUGGCAAACGCGGCCGGGGCUGUGCGCAAGAGCAGUAGCAACAGCAGUCUUGGACCAGGACACCUCAACCGCGCAGGGACAGUUAGCACGUACGAGCCAUCGAAACUAGGUCACAGCAGGACGCGGAGCGACUCGACAACAAAUACGGCGGUGACGAGUUCAUCCGCGGGAUCACCUGCGGCAGCAUCAAGUUCUAUGUUCCCGAGCCAUCCAGCUGUGCAUCCGCCUGUCUCUCAACGCGGUGUCCAACCUGUUCAGCGCCAACACAAUCGGAGCAAUAGCAAUGCAAGCAACACCACUCACACGACCGCUCUGACGGAUUUAGCCAGUACCGCACCGGGAAGCAGCAGCGGCAGUGUAGUCACAGCACCGACCAGUGUCAGCAACACUCCUCCUUUGAGCAUUACAAGCCCCGGGUCGUCGAACCCGAGCGAGCUUCAAGGAUCUGCUGUACACGCCCUGCGACUCAAGCGCUCGAAUAAGAGUCUCAAAUCUAGCCAACCCGAGUCUCCGGUCCUUGGUGUCAACAUGAUGGCAAGCCCGCCACUGGUUCAAGCUGGUUUCUCAGCAACUCGAAAGAAGAGCAAUCUCGGCCUGGGAGCUAGUCUGCGACGAGUGGCAAGCACGCUGAGGCCGGGAAGUUCAGGUGGGCACAGCAGGGAAAACAGCAAGGAGAACAUUCUCUCGCGCUCCAACACCAACCUGCGGUCACCCGGGCUCCCGCCGCCGCCCCCUAUCCCUCGCCCGAGCCUGAAAUCGGCUGGGAGAUCAACUUCAUCUGGGAGCGAUAUGAGCAAGGACGUGCCGCUCCCACCAGUGUCUCCGUGGCUGAGAGUGCAGAGCAUGGCGCCUCAGUUGCCACCGUUUCCUCCCUUCACACCCGUCACGGAGGAUACCUUUUCAAUGAACGGAAGUGCCCGUGCCAGUCCGGAUAUGAGUCUGGGACAGAGCAGUGUAGGGACCUCGCCGGACCUAAGUAUUGAAGAAGCAGCCGAGCCGCAAAGCGAUGAGAGCGGAGACACCAUCGUAGAACCGAAGGCAGCCAGGAACAGCCAAGGCACGCAACCGGACGGGCAGCUCUCGCGGGCGGGGUCGUGUGGGUCGAUGACGGAGGGCUCGAGCGCAGAGGACGUGGAUGAGCACAUCGACGACCACCAAGAAGCCGAGAACGAGGAAGAGAGCACACUCCGACCCCACCAGGCUCAGAACCUGAAAUACCUGUACAGCACAGGCCUGCAACCACCGGUGCAGCUCGAGCAGCCGCAGCCCGAGGACCACCGCCAGUCCCAGCAGUCCACCAAGUCGAGCCCUUACAGGGAGACAUUCUACAUGGAGGAGGACGAGGAGACGGAUGAGGAGGACGUGACGGAAGUGGAGGCGGAGCGCAGCGAGGAGCCGAACGAUUCGCAGUACGACUCAUACGAGGAGUUCGAGGACGUGCCCGAGACGCCGCGGCAGCCUUCUUCACGGCCCAUCACCAUGAUCCACUCGCCGCUGACGAACAAUACCAAGGGGGACGGCCACCAUGAUAUCCCCCCGCAGCCACCAAUGCCGGACUCGAUCCCGCAGAAAAAGCAGCAGCAACAACAGGACCCUCCCACCAUCAACGAGCCAAAAGCGGAAGGAGCUGCAGCAAGCGGCACGGACGUGAUGGACUUUGCGGCCAUCGAGGCGGCCGAGAUGGACGACAUGGUGUCACCGCUGACGCCAGUGGAGCGUGCCAUGCUGUACAAGCAGCAGGCGAUGGGAGGCCGCGGCGGCCACCACCGAUCUGGCGGCGGGCGGAUGAGCAACAGCGGCAACAACAUCAGCCCGCUUACGCCGGGGUAUGGCGUCCCGCAGCAGCAGGCACAGGCUACUGCGCAGGGGAUGAUGGGCGGGUUCCAUGCGAUGUGA